AUGGUGCUUCAAAACUUCAAAGAUGAUUGGCCUCUAGAUGAAAAAGCCUUAGGGACAGAGUUUGUUACUGUCCAAGUUGGCAAACAAAAGAAAGAAGUCGCUUUCCAUAAGAAACUCCUCUCCAGUCGUUCCACAGCUUUCGAAAAUCAUAUGAAAGUACUCAAAGAGAAGGGGAAAUAUCAAUUCCACUGUGAACCACGAUUCGAAAACGCAUUUUCAAUUCUCGUCACAUAUUUAUAUAAAGGCUAUGUCCCAGCAUGUCCUACUGAAGAUGGGCCCGGAUCUAGCUCUUAUGGUCGACAAAUGAGAGAAUUAUACUAUUUGGCCGAACGAUUCGAAAUCAUUGAUUUAAUGGACAAGACCAUGGAUGCAAUUCAGGCUCAUGAUUGUCGAUUUGAUCGAGAUAUCUACAAGCACAUGCCAGAAGUCUACAAAAAUACUACCAGGAAAAGCUCUUUACGGUAUUACUGUGCUCUAAGUGCGGCAUGGUAUUUCGGUCGCCCGAGCUCUCCUAAUAGUCAGAAACUGAAACGACUUGAAGCUUUCAAAGACAAAGCGGAUAUUCUUUACGAUGUCAUGAAGUUGCAAUUGAAAUUCGAAUCUAACAUCGCGAAUGAAAAAAGCGAUUAUCGAGUUCCUUCUGAUGAAAGUGGACUUGGCCAUUGUACUUUUCAUUCCCAUGGGGCAGGAGAGAUGUGCCAACGACUAGUCUUACUCGCGUCUCCUAAAUCCUCUUAUGAUAGUAAAGCCCACAGGCAAACAUAUCCGAUCAAUAUCAGGGACGGUAGUAACGGUAGAAUAGAGGAUAAGAUCAAAGACUGUUUGCAGAGAUGUGUGAGCGAAAGUGAAAGUUCCGAAGUAGUAGAAGAGGGGGAAGAUGAUGACGACCUUCCCAUCUUCACACAGGAGAAGCCUCGGCAGGUCACUACAACGAUUGGCACGAAGAAGAUCAAGAAGGAAGAUGGUGACGAGGAAAAUGUCGUAGAUCGAUCUGCGAGUACAAUUGUCUUAGGGAGGAGACCGAGGAGUGAAAGUCCAAUACUAGGGAGCAACGAGGAUGUUAUUUCAAAUCCAGGAAAACGACCAGUUGAAACCGACGGUAAGGAAAGCUCAAGUAGGAAGCGACCAUUCGUCAUAAUCAGUGGGAACACUUCACGAGAUAGAAAAUCUGAGCCGACAGGCCCUACUCGAGGGGUGCAGCAACAACAACAGCGAAUUUGUGAUGCACUGGGGUUUCGGAAAGGCCACGAUGAAGAAGCUUCGACCAACAUCAAGCCAAGAGCCCCAGUGCUUUUCAAUCAAUCCAACGGUCAAAUUACUACUAUGAGAAACGAUACGAGUCGUCUCACAUCUGGCUCUAUAAUGUCGAAUUCUGGUCGUGGCGUUGAUACAUCAAGGGUUAGUGCUUUCAUGUCUAACAAUUCCAAUUCCGCUCCCACUUCUCCUCAAAUCUCCACCCUUCCACAAGAAACUCGUAGUAACUUCAGCAGAUUUUACCCGGGGUGCGAUGAUAACAAGUGCAAGAGUGACCACCUUGAAUUUAUAAAGUCGAUCUCUAUUGAUUCUUCCAACAUGGCUUCUGAUGAGGCAAACGACAGGAAUGAAUGGCCUAUAACUCCAGACAUUCUAGGAAUUGAAACCGCAACAAUCUGCAACGGUGGAGUCAAAGAACAAGAAAUCACUUUUCAUACCCGGCCAUUGACUCGACUUUCUCCCAAAUUUGCUCAAUUUUGUCGCCAGAAAAGGCAAGUUGAUGGUCGAUUUACUCUCACAUGCGCUCAGAAUAAAUAUGAUGCUUUCACAUGUAUUGCUCUUUAUGCAUAUCAUGGAAAAGUACCAAAUGCGCCGAAGGACAUCGAUCCAAUCUAUACCCAGCGUUUGAGGUGGAUUUAUUAUGUGGCUGAGGAGUUUGCACUUAAUGAUUUAAUGAACAAGACGAUUGAUGCCUUACGAGUUUAUGAUUUCAAGCACAAGCAGGAAAUCCAUGUCCAUACAGAAGAAAUAUAUCACAAUACUUCAAAAGGAAGCUUACUGAGAUGGUAUUCUGCGGCAUCCGCAGCUUGGUCAUGGGGACGAGAAACGGGACCUGCAACUGCAUCACAGAGGGAUAAUCGCAAGAAAUUUAUCUCUUCUGGUAGGGGUAACCCGGACAUCUUUGCGGACUUUCAUCUGGUGGAUCUUUUUCACCGGGAUUAUAUCAGAGGUUUUGAUACUGAUUGGAGAGAUGUUCAUGAUUCUGGUCUUCCAGUUUGCGCAUUUCAUUGCCACUCACCGGGAGAAACAUGUCAUCGAACGGGAAUUACCGAGCCAGCAGAAGUACCAGAGCAUAUUUCGAAGAUUUUUGAUGGGGUUGAAGAUGCUGUGCUUUUGGAUCGAUCACAGAUUAUUGAUACUCCUUCUGAUCAAGAUGUGCGUUCGAGUGCACGACAAAGUACACCGUCAAGGUCUUCAGAGCCAGAGGCUCUCCAGGCAGAAGAUGAAAACCUUAAGUCCGGAAAUGGAAGAAAUAAGACUCCAAGGGCUAGUCAUGAAAUUAUUCAUCCGAUUAUGAAUGAAGUAAUCGACGGAGACCAAGAGAUGAGGGUGCCUCAAGGAAUCACAAUGGAGACUUCCAUCACAGAGAAAAUCUCAAAGCAACCAUCGACAACUCCACUAGCCCCCAUCAGAAAUCCACCCUUAACAAGAGUUGUUCCUCCAGAAAGCAAAAGAAUUGAUCAAUCGCAGAAGCGUAGUUCAGCAAAUGUUAAAAACGAAGCACCAACUGAAGAUCUUUAUGGGGCUUCUGAUGUCGAUAUGGAUCGUGAAGCUUCAGAAAAUUCCGUCGAACCAGGAAAGAAAGUUAUAGGUUCCAAGACUUAUGAUGAGCAGCUGGCAAAUGCAUGGAGAGUGCCAUUGUCGUCAUUCCCUCCACAAAAGACUAGAAUUGUACCUGGUACCGUUGUUACGAACAAGCUUGGAGAUAUCAAACGCUCUCAGGCUAUACGUGAUAUUCUCGAUAUUCGUGAUAGUCCCACUGUCACGGAAGAUGUAAUUUCGAAGGGAUCUUCAAGAAAAAGCAUUAAGAAAAGAAAAGCUAUUGUUACUGACGAUGAUACUAAUCAUGACGGUAACUCUGUCAUCGCUAAGAAACCAAAGACCGCCAAUUCAAGUCUUGAGUCUAGUAUCAAAACUUCUGUAUCGCAAAAGGUAAAUGGAAAGAAACCGUCCAAAAUCCAAGAUUCCGAGUCCGAGCCUUCGGAAGAAGAUAGUUCAGAGCAAAGUUCGGGAACUAGUUCGGAAAUUAGUUCGAGUGACGAAGAUGAUGAGAUGAUGAAUGGUUGGUCGACUGAUGAAGGUUCAGACUCCUAUGACGAACAAUCUAUCUCUCAAGCUAUUUCCCAAGUUGAGAUAAACCAGGAGCCUGAUUCCAGCGAUAGUGAUAGCGAUAGCGAAUCCGAGGAACCGGAUACAGAGCCGUCCUUUAUUGAUUCCGGAAUCCAUUCUCAUAUACCUUCGAAAGUCACCUCUUCAUCAGUUCUCGUCCAAUCUCAACCCUCAAUCACUCAACCAAGGACUUCAAAUUCACGAAAUAUACCUGGCGUAGCACCAUUACGACCUGGGUAUUGCCUAAUCUACAACUACAAAGGACGUUGCAAUAAAGCCUGUGGACUCCAACACUUGUGUCUGAAAUGCGAUCUUCAACAUUCUUCUCUUCAUCAUCAUCAAUACCAGCCAAACUUUCGAGCUUCGAAUAAAGAUCCUUCCAUUGAAACCUGCCGAGACUGGAAUGCCGGUCGAUGCGCAGUCAGAGUUACAAAUUGUACUCUACGACAUAUCUGCUCCAUAUGCAACGGAGGCCAUCGAAGCAUUUAUCACGAGCACGACGAUGCUUUUCCCAAGAGUGAUAAACAACGUACUGAUCGUACAGUAGGAGAAUCUAGUCACUUCCGUCGAGAAGGCCGUCUUGAUCAUCGUCAUUCACAAGCAAAUUCUCCGCACAUCUCAGACAAUUGGCCCGAAGAUUCUCAUUCCUCGUCUCAUCGCCAACAAAAUCAUAUUGGAGAGGUAGAACAACCCGAUUCUGCAAUCGAAUUAAGAUUUGCCUCGUGUCAAAUGUGGCAGCGGGGUACGUGUAUUAGGAAGAGAACGAAAUGUCAAUUAUCGCAUAUUUGUGAAAGGUGUGGACAGUUAACUCAUAGGACUGCGAAGCAUGAUACUUAUAUGAGCAAAACUGCUCCGCGGGCUUGA